AUGGAGGCUCUUGGCGCCGUCGCUAGCAGCAUAACAUUGCUGGAGGUGUCACUCAAAACCUUAGGCUUCGUGAGGCAGAUCUCCGAGGUCCAGGAGGACUUUGCAAACCUGAGAGAAGAGAUCAUUACGAUCAAUACCCUUAUCCAGGACUUGCAGUCUCUGCCGGUCCUUUUUCAUCGCAAUCCAUCCUCCCUAAAGGCAGCUGAGCCAAGAUCAAUCUUCCGAGCAGCUAGCCAAUUGCGACAAAUUAAGGAUGACCUCGAAAAUAUCGCAGCGUAUUGCGCAGCCAAUCCGAACAACGGGACCGCAUCCCUUGCAAGAAAGCGAAAAUGGGUGCUAAAGCAGAACAGAAUAUCCAAGCUUCUUGUCAAGGCGCGUGACGCGAAAGAAAAUGUCCAAGUAGCCGUUAACCUGCAUCUUGCUACUCUGUUUGCCCUUCAAUCUAUGACAGACAGCACAUCUCACUCGGAGGGCACAUCAAUGAUCCUGUCUCCAAGAGGUGUACAAAGCCUUCCCACGAAGGGUUUACAUUUACGAGUCGAUGGGUACACGGUGGGGAAUCAUCAGGACGCGAAACUCAAGCCCCAAGAGAAGAUAUCAGAGUCAAUCGCCGUUUCUGGAGAACCGCCGAAUGAUUUGGCACCGAGCCCAGGCCUUCAGGUCAAAACUCCAGAUGUACCGUUGAAUUUCAACCAGCACGCUCUCCGGCAUGCCAAUGUCGGCCUCUUCUACACCGAUAUCGCUAUCCCGGGCCAGCCGUCUUACAAUUACUUCUCGGAACAAAGAGUUGCCUCCCAGAUUCACCAGGCUUUAGAUUGGGGCCAUUGCCAAGCGGAUGAAGUCAACAUCCUCAGCAAGGUCCUUUCAAUCAUUGAUGAUGUGCCGCAGUACAAUACAACCCUGGUACACUUGGCGACCCUCGGGGAACUGGAGAUGAUGGAGGCCUUGGAGGAAGAGCCCUGGGCAAUUGAUCAGCCUGAUCGUUACGGAAUGGCUCCCAUACACUACGCGAGUAUGGACGGUGACUUGGAAAUCCUGAAAAUGCUGAUUUGGGCAGAAGCCGAUGUCAACAUAUCAGAUCUUGACGGUUUGACACCUCUCAUGUUUGCAGCAUUGAACGGUGAUGUCGACUGUGUCCGUCUCUUGGUAGACAGCGAAUGCAACAUUGAACAAAGGUCGCAUACCGAAUUCCGAGCCAUACAUUAUGCGGCGCAAUUUUGUCAGCCGAGAUCAGUUCUCGCGUUGGUUGCAGCAGGCGCUUCAGCCUCAGCUCGCGGCUGGCUUGGACAGACACCUCUACACCGACUAGCCCGAUGCGAAAUGAACACCAGUUUCGAAGCCAUCAAAGAAACAAUCUCAUCUCUCCUAGUCAGCAAAGGGGUGAGCAUUGACGCUCGGGAUUCGAAUGGAGACACGCCCGUUUUCCGCGCAAUUGCCAAAGGCAACAUUCCAGUAUUACGAUGUCUGGUUGAGGCUGGGGCUUCUCUGCUUCCGGUGAAUGACCGCUCAAGAAAUAUACUCCACAUGGUCGCUAUGUAUCCAGAUGAUGGAAUCUUGCGAUAUCUAUUAAGCCUUGAUUCUGGGGUUUUCUUCGGUAUCAACACCGAGCAUCGAGAUGCUGAUGGCCGCACAUCCAUGGACCUCGUCCCCAUCCAUGACCCUGGUGCAACGCAGAGCCCCCAGAGGAUGACUGAAUGUGGAUCUGUAAGGCAAGAGAUUCAAAAAUUAGAUUGCCUCGUUCGAUAUGCAAAUCUGAGGCAUCGAAGUGAACAACUGCGCACGAUUAUUCGGCUGGUGGACCAAAAACAAGCGUCAUGCGCCAGAUUGCAACUUGCACAUGUGAUCAAUGAAAAAAAGGAAUGGGGACAACUUGAGUGGGCUUCUUGGUACCGCGGAAUUGGCCAAAUGAUACAGGCGCUAGACUACGACAAGGUUAUUAUUGCUCUUGAAGAUGAUGUACAACAGUUGACUGCACAGAUUGGGACUAUCGCGGCCGCUGGAAUGAGCAAUGAGGGUGGUGUUUCAGAAAUUUUCAAUUGGAUCCAAUGA